AUGGUGAACCUCGCUGCCGUGUCAGGUGCUGCUUUCGCGGUUGCCUGCUUUCCAGCCGUCGUCUCCGCAAGGAAAGCUGUAGGCACGGCGGCGCGCCACACUUCUCUUGUGAACGAACCGGUGGCUCUGGCCCAGCUCAGCAGCGUUCUCGAGCUCGUCACUGUACCCUGCGACGCGGUACAUGUUCAGGGCACGAUGGGUGCGAAUGACCUCGUCAAAAUCACUGGAGCAGGAUGGGGGUCAGGUGCUCUCCAGUUUCAAGUAUCACACCCGGUGAAAACGGGGGGCGACAAAAGCCGGAGUCAGCUUGCGUCGGUCACGUGCUACUCAAGCGACGCCACAGAUGCUCCGGAGGGGAAAGCCGGAAAGUGUUUCCUCACCAAACCCGCCGAGGACGGAUCUUCAGAUGAACCACAAGAAACAGAAGUUUCUCUCCCUAUCACUAGCCACAACAAUGCAUUCAUGUUUGUCUGCUCUGCAAGUACUGCUCCCGGAGUCCAGUGCGACGUUUACGCCUUCGAUAAUGUAGCCAACAACGGGUGGAGCGUGAAGACACUGGACCUUGGCCUCUCGACCAGUACGGACCUAGGUUUUUCUGUCCAUGCAGAAGCGUUGAACACCAUGAAGGCGUACGCAAGCAGCUCUUUGACUGUGGCAAGGCACGACAUUUCCUUGGGGUGCAAGAAUACACCCGUCGAAGAGGAAACGACGCCGCAGGGAGAGGAAGCGUAA